AUGAUGACCCCUGCUAACCACUCGCAUUUCGAACCAAUGGAUGAUCGGACGACCAGUGGUACGAAUAGCAUCGACACCCCGCCCGAAUCUGCAUUUCCGAACAUGGAGGAUCCUCAUCAAGAGGAGCAAGAGGCGCCAUCUAGCGGAGAGGGCUUCCAGGGCCUGAGUACGCGGGACGAAAGCCACAGCAAGGAAACGAAUGGCGAGUCGAGAUCGGAACGUCGCAGUUCUUCAGGUGGCUAUAAAGGAGGCCUUGGAUCGCCGGAGCAGGGGCUGGGAAUCUUGGUCGAACAUUCGCAGCGCGAUGAGAAGAGCAACGGCCAGUUGUCUAUCGUAGAUGUCUACAAUGGCAACCAAGCCCAAGCGGCUCUGCUUGAACUCUCCGAUGAGCUCUCUCUGAAACCUGAAAAGGAAAAUGAGAAGAUCAUGAAGUUGUCUCCAGAGAAGAUCCAAGAACUUACAUCCUCACCGGAGUCAAUACCUUACCGGCCCGCGGAACCUGAAAGGAACACAGGUAGGCGAUCAGUAUCGGACAAUGUUCAUGGCAAUAUCCCUACACCGCGACCAGAGAUUCCAGACUUUGUUCUUCAGCCGCUGAGCGAGACACUGCCAGUCGCCGACACUCUUCCAAAGUUGCGACCAACCAAGGGCGUAUCAUUGGGUGAUGCAUCGGCACCAGCCAGCCCUGCAUUUCCUCGCAACACGGAAAAAUCAUCUCUGCGUAACCGACCGCACCCAUCUCGAACAGUAUCCACCCCCGGAUCCACACGACGUCAACCGCCAUCCACACCAAUGAACGAUAGGUUGGCACAUACAUGGGCAUCGCGUGGGAAACAGGAUCGCUUCAUUCCCGACCGUGAUCUGAAAACCCAUCUCAUGGCUCCAGCUCAAGUGAUCGAGACUCCAUUGACCUCACCUUUGCCAUCAUCUAUCCCUUUACCUCCCGUGUCUUUACCGACAUAUCUGCAACUUGAACUUGCGUCUGGAAGACCUUCACCAUUGUACAUUCAUCGAGAUGCAUCGAAUGAUUUCCCGUAUGAAUCUUCGCGCGUCAAAAUCGAGAGACUUGUGAAUUUCCUCAUGCUUCCCCCAAUGCUAGAGCAGGUACUUUGCUUUGGAAGUUUAGCAUGUCUUGAUGCGUGGCUUUAUUCAUUUACAAUCAUGCCUUUGCGAUUUAUUAAAGCCGUUUAUAUUCUUGGCGAGUCAUGGGUCAUAAACCUGGGCGCCGAGAUUCGAUUCAUAUGGAAGUUUGUCAUGACUGGUAUCGGCCGGAUGUGGCGGCGGCGGAAUCAUGGCCUCAAAGAGGACCAGAAAGAGAGACGAGGAAGUGAGUCAGAUGCCACUCCCCGAUUGCCUUCAAGCUCCUCUUCUGGCCUGGAAACCGCAGGGUCCGAAAGAGACCCGCGCCCGCCACACGCAGAGCCGCCAAGGGCCAAGCAUCGAUCAUCUGAGUCUAGAAAGCAUCACCAUCGUCGGAAGAAAUCAAUGCCAUCGGCACUCUUGCCCGAUGACAAAGCGGACAUUUUGACUGGCCUGCUUAUGAUUGCUACAUGUUGUAUCUUGAUGUAUUUUGACGCCAGUCGAAUGUAUCACUGGAUCCGUGGACAAGCUGCUAUCAAGUUAUAUGUGAUUUACAACGUGCUUGAGGUCAGUGACCGGCUUCUGGCAGCCAUUGGCCAGGACGUGCUCGAAUGCCUUUUCUCUCAAGAGGCCCUUGAGCGUCGUCCUGACGGACGGAGCAAAAUCAUUCGUCCGUUCUGGCUGUUCUUCUUGGCACUGGCUUACACAGUGUCCCAUGCGACCUCACUGUUCUAUCAAGUCAUGACGUUGAAUGUUGCUGUAAACUCAUAUUCAAAUGCCCUCAUUACCCUGCUCUUGUCAAACCAAUUUGUGGAAAUCAAGUCCACGGUUUUCCGCAAAUUUGAGAAGGAGAAUCUCUUCCAGCUUACCUGUGCCGACGUUGUGGAACGAUUCCAACUUUGGUUGAUGCUCACUAUCAUUGCUUCACGCAACAUCGUCGAAACCGGCGCUUUUAAUUUUAUCGGGAACUUUGGGCUGGGCUCCAACCUUACGGGCCAGUCAUCCACCAGCACCAACAGUACACCACUAUCUACGCCUCCACGAACUGCAUCAUCGAUUUUGCCUCAAGCGUUCACGUUCUUCCCAUCUUCGAUUAUGUCAUCCUUCAACAGCGUCAACUCAUUCAUACCAACCCUUGCACAAGUCUUGGGUCCAUUUUUAGUCGUACUAGGCUCGGAGAUGCUUGUUGACUGGCUGAAACACGCCUACAUCAACAAGUUCAACAACAACCGCCCAGCAAUCUAUGGUCGCUUCCUUGAUGUUCUAGCAAAGGACUACUACACCAACGCUUUCGGUGAACAAAACCUCACCCGCCGCAUCGGUCUCCCUGUGAUUCCACUCUCGUGUCUCUUCUUCAGAGUUUCCGUCCAAACAUAUCAGAUGUUCCUGGCAGCUUUAGUCCCGCAACACCCAUCCUCGACUGCAAUGGAAGCUACCUCUUUAGCCUCCAUUCACAAUCACUACGUCCCCGUCCCCGUACCAUCUGCCCCACCCUUGACAUUCGCAACCCUGCUCCCAGCGUCAGCAGCACAUGUCAGCGCCCUCUUCCGCACAUUGUUGGAAAAUGCGAUCCCAUCCCCCGCUCAAUCCGUCCACAUCUUCACCGUCGUCCUCCUCUUAACAGGAUUCGUCGUUCUGCUCAUCUUGAAACUCCUACUCGGCAUGGUCCUUCUCGCCUUCGCCCGUUCCCGCUACAGAAAAAUGAAGGGAUUGGAGACCGAGGAAAGAGACUCCCACUCCCGUCACUCCGGUCAAAACGGUGCACCUCGCGCACGCGACUUUGAUGUCGAGGGUAGUCAGCGUGUUGGCGGGUGGGGCUGUGUGGAGGUCGGAGAGGAGAAGAGAAAGUUGAUAUAUGCGGAUGAUCCGGAUGGUUUGCGCAGGGUCAAGGAGAAAGAAGAUAAGGAUAAAGGCAAGGAUAAAGAACUCAAUGUUGACCAUGUACAACGAUACGAGAUGAUUGCCAAGAAGAUUUGGUGA